AUGGGCUUGUGGCGGAAGGCGUUGACGUCUAUGAACGCCACACUCCUGAGCUCUAAGCAAUCACUUGGCCUCCAACUCAAGCUACAGCCAGAAAAAGAUAUUUUUCUGUUCAAUGCCAAGGAUUCGGUGGUCAACUGGACAGCGUCUAGUGAUAGAUCGAUUGGAGGAUUGUCGGAGUGCCAAUGGGGAUUUUUUAGCGGUGCAGCAGAAAAGGAAUCAACGAACGAAGUGGAGAAAGUAUCAACGAGGCUUGUUCAUAAAGUGAACAUCCACGACAAUGUCCCAUCAGCGGUGUUUGCUGGAAGAUUGAGUAUGGAUUGCCAGCCGACGGAAGUAGGGGUGGUUCGAAGUGGAUACUGCGCAGUGCGGGCUUCGGUACCACCAGAGCUGCUUUUGCACGGCUACGAAGGAAUUGCAAUGCGAAUUAUGACGGAUGGUCGCGAGUACCGCAUGAACAUGCAAAUGGAGAGCUGGAACCCAUUUAACCUGUAUAUGGGCUUCAUUCGGACACCGCCCAACGAGUGGGUCGACAUUAAUCUGCCAUUCCGAGACUUUUUGUUGACGGCUAAGGGCUUUGUAAAGAUUGACGACGAAACAGAGCUUGAUCCGUCCAAGCUGAAAAGUGUCGGCUUUGCUAUCGCUGAUCAAAAAGAAGGCGAUUUCGAGCUACGUGUCCAGUGGAUCAAGGCUGUGGCAAAGUUAGGGCCGUCGGAUAAGGACGAUCGCAACGAUGACAAUGACCGCAAUUACUCCAAGCAAAGUACAGAUUACUUCCGAAAACCUGCAGAUCUGAUCAUUUAA